AUGACUAUCCUCAUCACCGGAGCAGCAGGCAGAACAUCUACUUUCGUCGUCAGAGAGCUCUUGCAGAGUUCAUCUGUCGCUCCGCAGAAUCUCCGCCUUCUCGUCCAUUCUUCCAACGCUGUGGAGAAAGUGAGGGCGCAGUAUCCCCAGAUCCCGGAGUCCUCCUUCGUCGUUGGGGAUUAUCUGGAAGCCAACACCCUCCCGCCCGCAUUUGAGGGUGUGGAUAUCGUCUUCCACAAUGCACCAACGUUCCAUCCGUUGGAGACGGCAAUGGGUAUUGCAGUCAUCAAUGCAGCGAAGACGGCGGGCGUGCAGCAUUUCGUGUACUGCAGCGUGCUGUUCCCAAUCUUGACGAAGCUGCUGAAUCACAAGGUCAAGCGCGAUGUCGAGGAAUAUCUGAUAGAGUCUGGGCUUAACUACACCAUCCUCGAGCCCACCUCACUCAUGCAGAACUUCAACUUGAAUCAAGUGCGGGAAAGCUCCACGGUUAUUGCUAUGUACUCCCCGAAAGUACUGCAGGGCUUCCUGGAUCUUCAAGACCUCGCUGAAGUCGCGCGUCUUGUCAUUCUCGACCCCGUGCCCCACAAUCGUGCUCGGUACGAGCUCACCGGGCAGAACUGCACGUUGGAGGAUAUCACGAAGGAGAUCUCUACCCGUUUGGGCAGGCAGGUUGUCUGUAAGCCAGUCUCGAGGGAAGAGGUUCUUCUUCCGAAGAGCACGUUGCAGCAUGCUGAGCUGCUGAGUGAUCUCGCCGUGGAGGGGAUGGAUAGGAUGUUGUAUUAUUAUGAUAAGAGGGGAAUUCCUGGUAACUAUAAUGUCUUGCGAUGGUUACUUGGGCGAGAGCCUACGACGUGGGCCGACUUGCUUCGCCGCGACAUCCAGUGUAAUGAGAACGGUAUCUGA